AUGGCAAGCACUCAAAAGCACCGCCUUCCUCACGUCGUUACCCUACUCGCACAAGAAGACAACACGACUAAUACACGGGAAGGAGUCAGCAAAUAUGCUCUCAGCACAGAGUACGACUGUGACCCCAGAACGCUCGCUUCGUACAAUGGCUCCUCCUGGCGCCUCCGGGAACCCUGGGAUGCAGCGGAAUACCAACUCACAAAGCUACCCUGCCACAACAACUCAAACAUCCACAAAGUCCAAGUCGGAGGUAUAAAAUAUGCCGCUAAACUUUCUGACAAUCCCGAGGCUAUCAAGAGAGAGGUGCAAAACCAUAUGUUGGUCGUAAAGCAAAUGGAUCUCUCAUGGACACAAGCGACACGGAACUUUUAUGACAGACACGAUGAUCCUGCGUUGCAAAUAAGCACAGGACCGAGACGCCGUAACAAGGGCAAAUUCAAUCGCCGUUGCGAUCGAUACCAAGGGCCUAGAUCGCCCUAUAUCCCAGAUUUCGUGUCCGAUGUUAUCUAUCAUGAUCAUGAAGGACAAGAUAUCGCAACAGCGGGAUACGUUACCAGCUUUAUUCCGCCUUUCCAACCAGCCACAGUCCGCGCUCUUGCCCGCACAUUUGUUGAUUCCAGUAUUCGAGAGUCAGUCAAAAAUGACCCGAACUUGUCAAACGUCAGGUUUCGAGUCCAUCUCGGCAUGAUGGCACCUCCAGACGAGCCCCUAAGCACAAGACUCCUCUCCCGCCCCGUGUAUCUCGACCAGCUCAAGCACGAGACAGAGCAACGCCUGGAAUUGUGGUGUGAGAAGAUGGGCGUAUCUCUUGCAAUACUCCACUGGAGGUGCAACUUAGAUGCAGCUGGGGUCAAGUUCUAUCUUGCACCCGAUAAGAAAGGUCAUACGCGGCUGUGGAUGACCGACUUUGGCGACUGCAAGCCUCUGCAGCCAGGCCAAGACGAAACAAAGGCCAUGGCCGAAGCUGUGUAUAACAAUACAGUAUGGCCGCGACCUCCGUUGCCGCGAGACAAAGCCGAUGGGGAAAAGUGGGAGCUGAAGAUGUGUUCUUACGAGAGCUUCAUCCGAGCGUACGCUCUCGCGAGCGAGAAUAUCUUGUCACGGGACUCGCCGGAAUACAUCGAUCGCUACCCGUCCCUUAUCUCCCGCGAGAUACUUGUGAUGAACUUAGGCUUGAGUUUUCUUGGGAACCGGGUCCAAGAUAGACGAGAUGAACUGAAAAAGUUAAGUCUUAAGUACUGGAAGGAGGCGACCGGAAAUCGGGUAUCUGCUGUGUUAGAUGUUAGCAGGCGCAGGAUUCCUUCGCAUUGCAGCUCGAACUAG